AUGGGAACUGAUAUAUUGCCACCUGAUCAAUGCAUUCCCGAGAUUGUGUACUUCAUUUUGCAGCAGCACUUUGAAUCUCCAUCAACGUGGGCAAUUUUUCCACUUCAGGAUUUGGUAGCACUGAAAGAGGAGUACACAACACGACCUGCAGCAGAGGAGACGAUCAAUGACCCAACAAAUCCGAAACACUAUUGGCGAUAUCCUUCCCUAUUACUCAGGGGUACAUGUGACUGUGGAGUCCCUGCUGAAGGACAAGUUCUUAUCACCGAAAUUAAAGAUCUAGUUCGUGGAAGUGGAAGAUCGUACCCGUCUUUAGACGAAGUUGAAUUGCAUUCGACUAAAGAAAGAACUGAUCUGGAGAAGCAGCCCAUUGUUAAUGCGAAACAGAAAGUUCUCAAUACAAAUUAG